GCAGAUAGUGCAGUUCAAUCUUAUUGGACUCAUAUUCAUAAUAAUCAAAUUCAUGCUCCUCCAAAAUUUAAAGGGUUUAAUUAUAAACCUUCAGCAACAUCAUCAGUAACAAUAACACCAUUAUCAUCAAACAAUAAUAAGUUGGUAUAUCAAUCCUUGGAUUAUAUCUGUAAAAAUAAGAAUGGCUAUAUUGAGGAUCAUUUAUG